AUGAUGUUGACACUGGGCUUCGGUUCACAGUUUUCAAUUUUGGAGACAACACUUUCUGGUACAGAGGAUGAAUUGAGACGGUUGGGUGUGGUGUUAACAACGAAACGAAAAAUUGCCUACAGAAUCGCAGUCUGUUGUGUAGACUUUCUGCUUGGACUACCAAUGGUCUGUGGCGGUGGAUAUUAUUUAUUUUCAAUUUACGACAGUGUCAUAUCUGGUUAUGCACCGUUGGUUGUCGCACUAAUGGAAACCCUUGUCAUAUGCUAUGUCUACGGUUUAAAACAGUUUCGACGUGAUAUUGAAUUGAUGAUUGACGAACGACCGAAUUGGUAUUGGCGUAUAUGUUGGCUAUUCUUUACUCCACUGAUCUGCUUUAUGCUAAUUGUAUGCAUUUUUAUCUACUCAAAAGAAUUCAAAGAAGGCAAUUACACCUAUCCCCAGUGGGCUUUAAUCUUUCGUCAUAUAUUGGCAGCUAUCCCUGUAGUAACAAUUGUCGUCUGGUUUUUAUAUAAAUAUUGUAAAGAGGGUGGUUUUGUUUUGAUGAAGGAGUUUUUGAAGCCUGUUCAUGAAUGGGGACCAGCUGAAAAAGAACACCGAACAGAGUUCAUCUCUAUGAUAAAGUCAAGUGAAUCACUGCAUCGUUCACGGAUUAAUGAUGUCGGUGGUAAUGCUAAUGCUAAUGCACUGGCUCAAGCAAUGUCCGGCAGUCAAAUGCAAGUCAACUUUGGUCUAGGCGGUUCAAUGAUCAGUGAUCUGGCUGCAGCUGGUGUAGUUGAUGACACGAAGUUUUUCCAGAGUAAAUUAAAAGUUGCCGAAAAACUAACUCAAGCUCAUACCAAGGAGAUUGUGAAACGAGUUGCCAGUAGCACUGACUUCGGUCCACUAGAUCCUGCUGCAGUUUUGACAGCUAGUCAAACAGCCUUAGCAGCUGUCAGUUCUGCGGCUAUUCUUAGCACCCUUCAAGAGCCUAGUAUUCCGGAGAAUAUAAGUUUCCCACCAAUCACAAUCCGGUUGCCUGAACAGAUUGAAGGUGUUCAUGAAGACGAUGAAGAUGAUACAGUGAAUCGUAACCAUCGCUUGGGUCAACAAUACCAACAAAGUAAUAAUAAUAAUAAGCCUCAACAACAGAAGGAUCAACAGCCUAUGCAGCAAGAUCAACAGCAACAGAAAAAAUAA